CUCCUCCUCCUCCACCAGGGACCAGGGAGGGUUCUCAGCACUUGCCACGGCAGCUCGCGAUGGACAUCACCACAAAGGCUCAGUGAUCCCUCACAUCGCACCGGGCGCCUCACAGAAAGCUCAACUGACACCUCGCGUUCUGCAGGGACACCCAGAGACAUCGGAGGAGAGGGACGGACAGAAAGACAGUGCCUUGUGGACUACGUCUUUUAAAAUAAAAAUCGCAUAAAUAAGCUUGAUCUGCACUUUCACCCUAAAGACAGAGUCAUCACAAUGGAAGAAGACCUGGAUGAGGGGCAGACCCAGAAAGGGUGCCUUGAAUGCUGCAUCAAAUGCCUCGGCGGCAUCCCGUACCCCUCGCUCAUAGCCACCAUCUUGCUGUAUGCGGGCGUGGCUCUGUUCUGCGGCUGCGGACACGAGGCCCUCUCCGGCACCGUCACCAUCCUCCAGAACUACUUUGAGGUGGUUCGGAGCCCCGUGGAUUCACUGGACGUCUUCACCAUGAUCGACAUCAUCAAGUACGUGAUCUACGGGAUCGCGUCGGCUUUCUUUGUCUACGGCAUCCUGCUGAUGGUGGAGGGCUUCUUCACCAGCGGCGCCAUCAAGGACCUGUACGGAGACUUCAAGAUCACCACCUGCGGACGCUGCGUCAGCGCUUGGUUCAUCAUGCUGACGUACAUCUUCAUGCUGGCUUGGCUCGGAGUGACGGCCUUCACCUCCCUCCCAGUCUUCAUUUAUUUCAACAUCUGGAAUAUUUGCCAAAAUGCCACCGUGCUGGAGGGGGCCACGCUCUGCCUGGACCCACGCCAGUAUGGUAUUGUGGCAAUUAAUGAGGCGAAAACAGUGUGUGCUGGAUCAGAGAAGUUCUACAAGAUGUGUGAGUCCAAUGAGCUGGACAUGACCUUCCACCUGUUCAUCUGCGCCCUCGCCGGAGCAGGAGCUGCGGUCAUUGCAAUGAUCCACUACCUGAUGGUGCUGUCCGCCAAUUGGGCCUACGUGAAGGACGCCUGCCGAAUGCAGAAGUACGAGGACAUCAAGUCAAAGGAGGAGCAGGAGCUUCACGACAUCCACUCCACCCGCUCCAAGGAGCGCCUCAACGCCUACACAUAGAGCCCAGCGGGAGGCCUGGCCCCGCCACUCCGGCCUCUCUCCCUCUCUCUCUUCUUCUGUCUCUCUAUCUGUCUCUCUCUGCCAUCCCCUCCCGAGGGGGGGCGGAUGGCGCCUAGGGCCCUCGCCACCGCUGAUGUCACUGGUGCGUCAUAUGACAAUGUGAUCUGGGGGGGGGGGGGGGGGUGGGGGACGUCACACAAACCUCCUCAGUCACAAACAGCAUUUCAGAUGAAAAAAAAGCCCCUUUACCUCUCAUGGAUGGUGUUAUGAUUAUCAUUAUGGCAGUUUUAUUGAUCUUGUUUAGUGCUGAUAGUAGAUCUAUUGUAGUUUGUAGAAUCAGAAGUAGCAGUAGUAUUUCACUUUCUUUCUUUUUUUUUAUAAUUUACGUAUAGUACGUUUUAUUUUUCUUAUUGUUUUUUAUUUGAUGCUAGGUGUCAUUUUCCUCUCAUACAUAAUAUAUUUUUGCUGAUUUUUGAGGGGGACAACAGGGGCUUUAAAGGGUUUUCAAGCACAUUUAUCGUGUCGUGUGUCUGGAGAUUUCAUGUUCAAAAACUAUGUAUUGUAUGUGAACGAGUGGUUAGUUUUGAAAAUUAUUUAAAAUUUCACAACGCGGCCACGAGGCAUCGUAUACCUUCCUAUACCAUUAUUCCCAGGGAUUAAAACUGCUUUCACAUGAAAGUCUUUAAAUUCGCUUUUCUAUUUAAAGUUAUACAACGGCAAGACAACACAGUAAUAAAUACAAAAUCAGAGUAAAACAAAUAAUUGCUGGAUGUGCCAAACCUGUUAAACAGGAAACAAUGACUCUGAUCAGACAUCAAAGAUGCAAUUGGUCAAUUAAAGCUAGAUCAUCUGGUGUCAUAUGAUAAUCUUGCCUAUUUAUUGUAUUGUAGGACUGUGAAUGAUUCCAUGGUCUUUGAAUCACGAGCCACAAAAAGCACACGCAAGCCCCCUUUUUUAAUUUCUUAAAAAUGGAACUUUAUCAACAACAAAACUCUUGUUUUUCCAGAACUCUGCACUGUAUAUAUGAAAGCAUACCUAUAUGUUAAGCACCGACAUUUAAGGACAGAAUAAGAAGAGGUCACUGUGGGUCCGUCCGCUCUGCAUCCAAAUCCCAAAACCGUAAAGAACCCCUUACCGCCGUCGGUGUGACGGCCCUCCUUGGUCAAUCCUCACAUGUGUGCGUCACGCUCAUUUUGUCCAUGACAGUAACCGCGUUGCUUACACACGUUGCGGCGCCACGCCGCCCCAGAAGGCGGCCCGCCGGUUCAUCGCCUGGCAAACCCAGUUUUUGUCGGUGUUCCUAAAAAGCUAGUUUCAUGCACUUAUUUGACCAUUUCUGUGCUCUCUCUAGAUGUGUAUUGGUGCAUUGGUGUUCAACUCAAAGUUGGAUAACUGUACUGUUAGUAAGGACUGUGAAUUUAGAUGUUUUUUGUGGCAUGGACAUGCAUUAAUAUAGUCUUAUUGACUCAAAAGUUGCUUUAUUUCACCUUCUUCAUUUUCACACUUUUGACUGUCUUGCUGGAUCGACCCUUUGUUUAUAUGUGCAGUAAUAAACCUCCCACGCUUACCGCGUUAUGCUACUGAUAUUAGAGACUGUAGUCUUUGAGUUGUGUCUAUUUAGUUUGUGAUGAGCUCUCAACCAUGUCAUAAAAACCGAUGCUUGUACCAACAUUGCUUACUCUGUAAUCUGAAAAAAUGCUUUCAGCUUUUUCCUCGUAUUAGUCUUUUGUACUUUCACUACGAAUGCUUAGUAGCAGGCUUUAAAUUGAAUAUGUUUUGUACAUUCAUGUGCCAACAGCUUGAAGUGGCUUAUUUGACCUGUAUGAUCAAAUUUGCUUGCAUUAAUAAAAUUCACUUGUGUACUUGUUAAUAAAUACUUUUUAGUGUCUUCAGUC